AUAUCUCCGCAUACCAGUCCGACGUCCAGCGUAUAUGGCGUCUUCACUAGAGUCCACAGGGACAGUCGCUAAGAGCAGUCGUAAGCGUCGUCGCAACGACACCAGUCACGACGAAAGUACGAUGACCACUGAAGCGCCGGGCGCACCUUCUACUGCUGCUAUCCCUUCUUCUGCUGCUACUGCCGAUAGCCCAGUGAAGAAGAAGCGGAGGGCCGCUACUGGUACCUCAGCGAAGAAGGAUGAAAAGGUGACUGUUGCCAUUCCGCCUUGGUCAGACAUUCCGGAAUGGAAGACGGACAAAUGUCCUCUUUUAGAGAUGCCUGUAGAGAUACUGGACAGGAUCUUCUCACCCGAGAGCGGUUUACGACUCCAGGACCAUCUGGCCUUGUCGGGCACAUGCCGUGCGAUAAGGAAAGCGUACACUGAGCAAGUCUGGAAGGCCCUCGCCUCAUACAGCACGCAUUACGGCGAGCGAGCCAUCGUGAACCGUAUAUUUUCUACGGCUUGGCUCGCGAGAAACGAGCCUCAGCCUGCGACUGAUGAAGCUCCUGGCCAAGAGUCAUCAUCCCGGGACCAGCAGAGCCCCAAGAAGGGCAAAUCAAAGGCGGUCAUGACGCAUAAAGACCUGGUGGUCCAAAUGGUUAACUAUAGUCAACCGCUGUCCACGACGGAAGCCAAGGCUAAGUAUAAGCUCACUGAUAAGGAGCUUUUGACACUUCCCUUCGGCACGAAGCGGAAUCCGUACAGGCGCAACGGUCCUCCGAUCAGGUCAUUCAAAGAUGCUCGUGUCUAUGCGCUCGCGAUGCGAGUACACGGCGGCCCCUUUGGCCACGAAGCGCACCUGAAGAAGCUUGCCGAGAGGAGUGCCAAGACCAAGGCUACCAAGACGAAGAACGGCACCCUGCCUGUUAAGAAGCCAAAGCCUGACCUCAGCCUGGCGAUGAUGUUCAGCGUGUUCAUGUCGUCGCUGUACAACGACGAAUACGAUACCGAGGACUACGUUUACGACGAUUACUAG